GAGAAGCCCUAUCACGCCAAGAGGCCUCACCGGAAGUCUCGUCUGGGCUGUCGCAACUGCAAGACGCGCAAGGUCAAGUGUGACGAGAAGAAGCCCAGCUGCAGAAACUGCGCUCUGAGAAGAGAAACCUGUGUCUACCCGUCUCAGUCUCAACACUCAGCGGCGGCCGCGCGCUCCACAGGUGCCUCCGCCGCUUCCGCUUCUGCCUCCGCCUCCUUCUCCUCGGCCCCAGCUCCAGCCUCUGCCUCAACGCCGACCUCAGCCUCAUUUCCGACUUCCCCGGGCUCGGCAUCGGCACUGCCGCCUGGCCAUGGAGAUGUCGACCUGAUCAUCGUGGACGAACCGUUGAUCAAGCUGGCCGGGCCCGACGAGUUCGACAUGAAGCUGCUCUGGUUCUAUACGGCAGAGACCUAUACCUCCUUCUCCGUCGAGGCCGGCAAGCUACCGCACGUCGAUGCCAUCCUCAGGUCGCAGAUUGUCCAAUUUGCCUUCCAGAGCCCCUUCCUGAUGGACUGCAUCCUAGGCCUCUCUGCACAGCACAUGCAGUUCCUGCACCAGCCGGUGCCCAUGUCCAAAGCGCUGUUGUACAAGCAGAGGGCCUUCGCGGGGUACCGUCAGGCUAUCGAGAGAGCGGAGCCCAAGGAUUUUCCCGCUCUGCUCUCCUGUUCGCUCCUGCUGUGCGCCCUCUCGUCGGAGCUUUUCAGGCAGCGCGAUAUGCGACCCCUGUACAUCAUCGACUGGAUGGUGGUGUGGCGUGGUAUAGGUCUCAUCUUUGAGAUGCUGCCCCGCGAGGUCUUGUUCGACUCCGGCCUGGAGAAGCUGUUCUCGCGACCCGUCUUCGACCUCAACCAGGGAGCCCUGCACUCCCCGCCGAACCUGCUGUUCAUGGUCACCUCCAUAAAGGAAGGCGACCGAGACUAUCCUUUUACCGAGACGUACUACAAUGCCCUCAAGUACCUGGGCGGCCUGUAUCGUGAGCUGGAGAACGGCUUCAGCCCCGUGCUCAGCCUGCGCGUCAUCACCUGGUUCACCUUCCUGCCCAAGGACUUUAUCGAGCUCGCCAAGAGGCGCACCCCGAGAACCCUUAUUAUCAUGGCCCACUACCUCCCCUUUCUGAAGCUGAUCAAUAACAUUUGGUGGCUGAGCGGCAUUGCAGACCGCGGCAUCCAGGACAUCAUGAAUUACCUGCCGGUCGAGUGGCAUCAUCUGCUCAACGUCCCCCGCACGGCCCUCCAGAUCUCCGACAAGGUCGAGCUAGCCAAGCUGAUCCAGGGCAAUCACGCGUGGGAGCCCACGAGCGCUCGGUCAGAGGUCGUUCCG